AAGGCAGGAAAGAAAAAGGGAAAGGGGGGGCAGGAGGACAGAGAGAGAGAAAGAGAACAGGAGCUUGUGAAGAGAGGGAGGGAGGGAGCUUCAGGCAGCGAGGCUGGACUACCGCUCAAACACUGCAGUCUUUCUUUUGCUUCUCUGAGGAAGCUGUCUUUCUCUUCUCGCUGCCUGUCUCUCCUUCUUGCUGCUUCUUCUCUCGCUGCUUGGCCAUGACCCUGGUGGACACCUUGAUCUCCUUGCCCACCUAGAGAAGAGGAGAGAAAACGCUGUAGCGGAGGAGGGAGACGAGAGGAGGGGACAACCGCACACUUUGCUUCUCUGAUGAGAGUCUGGAAAUUAAUUAACCACCAUCAGCACAGGGGGGGAGAGCAGAGAGGGGCUCAGGAAUAGAAUAAGAGGGAGUUGAAGAGAGUGAUUUGUUAGAUGAGAGUGGAGAGACGCAGAACAACCCCUAGACACUUUUCAGAGACAAAAGGUUCAAGUUAGGGCAGGAACUAAAGAAGCAAGGAGGAAAUUGGGCAAGGCAGGAAUUCCACAGGGAUACAAAUUGAAGAAGCCAAAGAAUGGUCUGCUCAUCAGCGUCAUUCAUCCUUUCAUGCCUUCUUCCAUUCUUCCUCUCACAUCCAUAACACCAUUCUUCCCGCUUGCCUCCUUUUCUAUCUUAGUUCUUUCUUUUAUUUUUUUGCUCCGUGCAUGUCAGCAAAAGCACAUCGCCAGUCACAGCCACAUGCCGAACACUCAGACACAACUAAGACCAGAGAGUAGUGUUUCAUUCUCAGUGGACGUGCGCUCUGUCUCUGAGUAAAAGAAGUUGAUUAACCAAAGCAGGGGUGCUGUUAUUUGCCAGCCAGGAAGCACCUGCUCAGGAAUUUCUCAUGAGACCAGGUAGGACCAUUUCUGGAUCAUUUUGGCAAGCCCAAGGCGCUAGAGAGGUCGAGCUCUCCAGGCAUUUACCUGAUUGAACCUUUAUGAGAUGAAACUGCAGAUCAGCUUAUCUGGGAGCAUCACACCUGUGUGCGAGGGAUUAAAGAGAUAGGGAUGUGCAGAUGUGUACGUGUAUGUUGGGAUUAUGUCCUAAAUGUUCAGAUUUACACAGAUGUUGUGGCAGGAUUAUGCAAACUGUCCUGCAGAAUAUAUAAUAUAUAAGAUUCAAAAAUAGCAAGUCAGUUGAAGUGAAUGGCAGCAUAUUGUUUUCUCACAGAUCACGUGUGAUCCCACACUGGGUAUAAUUAAAUCAGUAGUUCAGGAGUUUGUUAAUUAUUUUGAGGCUAGGUUAGAAAUACUACUGAAAUCCAUCUCGCAGCCCCCCCUCAGUGGAAUACCUCUUUGUCCCUCGCUGUGGACUUUGUUCAGACCUGAAGUGCACAGAGUGACUAUUAAAGACUCCUAAAGGCUCAUUCAGCUUCCAUUAUGAGACGCUCGAGCACAGACGAGACUCCAUAUCGGCGCAGUCCAUCUCUGGACAGCAAACCCGACACGCCGCCGUUCACUUCUGGGUUUCACCGCUUUAGCGGAGAGUUCGAGUAUAAGCGGCCACCGUUUGCGUUCGGCUUUCACACGACAAAGGGGCCGCAAACGUCCAAGGGACGCUAUGCCCAGGGCAAGAAGUAUGUGGUGUUUUACCUGGACCUCUCCUUCAUAUUCCUCCUAGAACUGCGGCGCUGCAGGAUGGCUGAGGGUUGCAUGAUGGCCCUGCGAUAUGGAAUGGUCUUCUUCAAUCUCCUCUUCUGGUUGGGAGGAUGUGGCAUCCUGGGCGUCGGGGUCUGGCUCUCAGUGACCCAAGGGAACUUCGCCACCCUGUCAUCAUCCCUUCCCUCCCUGUCUGCAGCCAACCUGCUCAUCGCAGUGGGGACGAUCAUCAUGGUGAUUGGCUGCCUCGGCUGCGUGGGAGCUGUCAAAGAGAGCCGUCCUCUGCUGCUGACAUUCUUUAUCCUGCUCCUGCUCAUCUUCUUCCUGGAAAUUCUGUCUAUCAUGCUUUUCUUCAUCUACCAGGAUGAGAUUGACCACUACGCCCAAAGAGAUCUGAAGAAGGGACUGCAGCUCUUUGGCACAGAGGGCAACGUGGGUUUGACCAACGCCUGGAUGAUAGUACAAACUGAUUUUCGUUGCUGUGGAGUGACCAACCACACAGACUGGUUUGAGGUUUACAAUGCCAGCCGCGUGCCAGACUCCUGCUGCCUGGAGUACAGCGACAACUGUGGCCUGGACAACCCGGGAACAUGGUGGACAGCGCCGUGCUACGAGCGGGUAAAGGACUGGCUUAAUGAGAACCUGGUGGCACUUUGGAUCUUUGCACUAUGCACAGCACUUACUCAGAUCCUGGGUCUGGUCUUCUCCAUGACAAUGUUCUGUCAGGCAGUGAAAGUGGAGACCUUCUACGCCUAGCGAUCGACCCUUCCCUUCCACCCUUUGGCGCUCUUGGAUUGUUAUUCAUCAGAGAGGAACGGACAUAGACCCACCCUGUUCUCCUCGUUCCUCUCUCCCUGCCUCUCCACCUGCUCCCCCUUCCCCCUCUUCUUUCCAGCGGUUGUCCUCUCUGUGACAUUCGCUCUCGGAUGUCACCGGUCAGUUUUCUUGCUAACUAUCAACAAGCACAGUGUCAGUGUAAUACCUGAGUUCCUAUGGUUUGCUCUGUGUCGAAAGCUCAUUUCUGUGAUACAUUUUAUGAAACAGUAUUACGAACAUGUAUAAAAAAGAAAACAAAACAAAAUCCAGUGUAACCCCUUUUUUAAUCUGUGUUUCGGUUUUAAAUUAUUUUAUGGUUUGUAUGUGUUUUCAAAACGAGAGCUACAGUUGAGCAGUGUGCACUGUGUAAAGUGCUUUAAGUGCAUGUCUCCUGCAAUGAUGUGUAUUAAAUGUUUUGGCUCAACCUUA